GGGAUUGAGCCCAGAAACGAAAAUUAAAGUGAAUGAGGAGUGGUUCAACUUGGACGUUUCAGUUAAUCGAAUCGAAAUGGAAAUAGGAGGCAGAAGGCUGAAAAGCAGAGAAACGAUGGCUGUUAAAUCGGUGACGAAGUCGUCACCACCGCCGAGAUCAAGAGCAAUCCCCUUUCUAUUUGAAAACCCCAAAAUACCCUUCGCAGUUGCUCUGCUGUUUGCCGACGCCGUCCUUGUCUUUCUCAUAAUCGCGUUUGUCCCCUACACGAAGAUAGAUUGGGACGCUUACAUGUCACAGGUUGACGGGUUUCUGGAAGGGGAAAGAGAUUACCGCAAUCUGAAGGGUGACACUGGUCCUCUUGUUUACCCUGCUGGCUUUCUUUACAUUUACUCUGCAUUUCACUAUUUUACUUCUGCACAAGUCUACCCUGCUCAGAUUUUGUUCGGAGUGUUAUAUAUCAUAAAUCUCGCAAUCGUUCUUGCUAUCUAUGUCAAGACUGAUGUGGUUCCGUGGUGGGCCCUUUGCUUGCUCUCUCUGUCCAAAAGAGUGCAUUCUAUCUUUGUGCUUCGUCUGUUUAAUGAUUGUGUGGCCAUUACGCUUCUCCAUGCUGCAUUACUCUUACUCAUGCACCGAAGGUGGAAUCUGGGGUUGAUUUUGUUUAGUGGAGCUGUUUCGGUAAAGAUGAAUGUGCUUCUUUAUGCUCCAUCUUUGCUGCUCCUCAUGUUGAAGGCUAUGGAUAUUGGCGGUGUGUUAUUGUCGUUAACUGGCGCAGCAGUGGCUCAGAUAUUAUUGGGGCUUCCUUUCCUGGUUUCACAUCCAGUUGCAUACUUAUCAAGAGCUUUCAAUCUUGGCCGUGUCUUCAUCCAUUUCUGGUCUGUUAACUUCAAAUUCAUCCCUGAACCAGUAUUUGUAUCCAAGGGAUUUGCAAUCUUUUUGUUGGCUGCUCACCUCAUAUUACUUGCUGUAUUUGCGCAUUAUAGAUGGUGCAAACAUGAAGGAGGCCUUUGCAACUUUCUACGUUCCAGAUAUGUCUUUAUGAGGCUGAAGCUUGCACUCUUCUUCUCCUCCUCUCCUAAGAAUUUUGGCAAGAGUAGUUCAUCAUCCAUCAAGAUACUUACUGAAGAACAUAUUGUGACAACUAUGUUUGUUGGAAAUUUCAUUGGCAUUAUAUGUGCUCGGUCAUUGCACUAUCAGUUCUAUUCAUGGUAUUUCUAUAGCUUACCUUACUUGUUGUGGAGAACGCAAUACCCGACAUUGCUGCGUUUGAUUUUGUUCGUGGGAGUGGAGCUAUGCUGGAAUAUCUAUCCUUCAAACAACCUUUCAUCAGUGCUUCUUCUCUGCCUUCACUUAAUUAUUUUCUGGGGUUUGUGGUCUGCUCCGCCUGAGUAUCCUUAUGCACAAAGUAAACCAUCCUCUCACAAAGACAAAUAGAAGUUCAAAGGUUCCUCUUCCUCUUUUCUGUAGAGGAAAAGGGGUGACUUUGGACAACUGGUUUUUUUUUACUUAUCACGCCUUCCCUUUUGUUGUAGAUGUUUGUGAUGUGUCUUUGAGCAAGCCUAAGGAGUAAGGAUUACUAACAUGGAUGUAAAACAGAAUAUAGGAGCAACAUUAGAUCUCGGUACCCUCAGUUGUUAAGGUUUUUUAUUUUCAAUUCUAUUGAUAACUUGCUGAAUGUAUU